GAUAAUAACAACUCAACAUGGAUGGGCCAGCCCGAUCGGUCAGAAAACCGCGUAAUGCAAUGAGUUUGUUAAAAAUAUUUCCUGACUUACAUAUCUGAUUGUGAUCGUUGUUCCUCCUGACACUUCACUCAAGAUGGGGAGCCCCAACCUCGCUGAGAACGAUAGUCUGGGCGACGAGAGGCGCAAUGACAUUCAGGAACUCGCGAGGCUUAUCCGACAAACCACCACGUCACAUGAGAAGUUUAAAAAAAUUAAGGUUCCUCUGUUCGAUGGGGAGAAUGUUACGGACUGGCUAGAAAAAUAUGAGUUGAAUGCUCAUGUGCGUCAAUGGACUGAAUGUAAGAUGUUGGAAGUAGUAAAACGCUAUGUGCACGUUGAUCUUGCAGAAGAAGUCGGUGAGAUGGCGUGUAGGACACGAAUCUGGAAAACAUUAUGUGAGCGAAUGCUGGAAAAAUAUCAGCUAGGAGACGGAUUGUUGGGCGUCUCUGACCUUCGUAAAGUGAGUCGGCAGAAAUUUGGGACAAUCGAAGGGUUCCUAAAGAGGUUUGAGAAGGUAGCUAAGAGGGUUCCCGAUCUUUCCAAUAAGACGAAAUGCAUUAUCUUUCUGACCAACUUCACGGAAGUCGAGCAAAGAGAGUUGAUUAAGGGUUUUACUACCAGGUACGACUGGGAUAAGAUUAAGGAGAAUCUUAAGGUCGGUGACUUCGACCAAAUGCUCUAUCAUCUCCAGCGCAGGCAAAGGAAAAUGCAGGAGGAGGAGUUAGUAAGUUGUGAUAAGGAUAAGGAGAUGUUCGAGGCGAUUAUAGAUGUUAGGAUGAUGAUGAAAGAAAUAAGGAAGGAGGGACUGUGUGGCAAGGAACUGACGGUGAGGCAACAAGACGGCAAGAGAAAAGGAAAAGAGAGGGAAGAAGAGUCCGACGAGGAAGGUAGUGAAAAAGAAGAAGAGGAAGAACCUCCUCGGAAAGCGACGAAGGCCGAACGAAAGGUCAUGAAUCAAACACGGGGAGGGCAAGGUACGAAUGGAAAGCAAGCCAACUAUAAGAGUGGCCAUGAGAAUGAUAAUUGUGGUACUAUCAAUCAGCACCAGAGACAAUCUCAAGAUACCGAGCCCCGACAAUUUCGGCCGCAAGGUGGAGGAGGUCGGGGGCGUGGUCGGGGAGCUUCUGGUGGUCGCGGUUACGGUAAAAAGGAUUGGAAUUGUAACUACUGUGCACAAAGAGGGCACGGUGUUCGAUAUUGUCAGACCCUCGCUAAAGAUGAGGAGGAUCGGAAUGUGUACAUGAACAUUCGAGGCGAGGUGUUCGAUUUCAAAGGGAACCUUAUCGAUUCAUACAUAGAAAGAGGAAUGAGGAAGGAAGCAUUUCGACGCAUGAACCGGACCAUACUGGGUCUCGACAUGGAAAGAGUUUGGCCGUGCGUGCCAAAUAUGUUUCUUCUUGGUGGACACGACGGGAAAAGGGGCGUGGCUCCUUUGGCGGCGUCUCUGUCAGCAUUACGUGCGGAGGGACCGUCAUCGUCCCACCUUCAAACGGUCCCUGCGGGAACGCGUUCCGUCUUGAACAGACCCGUCCUCCGAAGAGGAACGUCACCAGCAGUCUCUCAAGCACAAAAGAUUAAGAAGGGAGUCCAACCUCGAGUCGCGCCCGUUGUCAGUGCGAAGGCGCAACAAGAGGCGCCGGUAGUAAUCGUGGAAGAAAAUUUGGACACGGAAGAUGAAAAAUUAAGGGCGGAGGACGAGCGUCAUGCAAGGUUACGUGCCCAAAACCGAUGUCUAGAUGAGAAUCAAGAUAAGGAAAAGGAUGAGGGGGAAGAGGAAGAGCACCAGAAGAAGAAGAAUCGGUACACGAUUCCGAUUGAGGAAGGGAUCGACAUUGAGAAGAUGGUGGACCGGAUACUUGAGAGCCAUCGAGAUUUCGUAACACUCAAGGAAUUUUUGGCAGCCUCGUCAAAGAUUCGGGAAGAGCUUAAGCAAAGACUAACUCGACGAAAAGUGAUGACGGUUAAACUAGGGGAGGUAAUCCCACCUGAGGCAAAUUGGACUCCUGCGGGAGCAAAAUGGAUUGGAGGAGUGAGUCGGUCAGCCGAAGAAAUGGGGACGUGGGUAGCAGACAACACGGGUGCCGCAAGAAGAGCUGCCUCGAGCAGUUCGCGACGAAGGGUGGCGACGGUCGCCACCAUCAUGCUGUUUCCAAGCAAUACGGAGACAAGAGCGUCUGCUGUAGCCGUGGCAGGAUUUAGGCAAGGAUGGGCGAGAGUCGGCCGCAUGGUCUUCCAUUCCGCCGACGUCUUCCCGACCGAGGUGGAGCUCAAGGAAGACCAAGGAAUCCUUGAGGACCCGCCACGGAUUAAUGCAUUUGUGACAACGGCCAUGAAGCUGGUACUGAGCGUUCGCGUCUGCCCCCUUAGGAAGACGCAUCGGUUCAACAUCGGGGUCGUCUACGACGUCUUGAACAAGUCUAUCUACCGCAAGUUCGAGGACGAGAUCAUGUGGCUGUCCCUAUGCAUUAUGCGGAACCACCACGCUCGGCAAGGACCAUUCAUAUACAUCGAGCAUUACGAUCGCGGUUGACCGUAUGAUGUCGGAUUCCGUGUCACGGAGAGAUGUGACGAUCAGGCCCUUCAGCGGCAGGAGGAGAAUUUGCUAAAGCUCUUUCGUAU